AUGUCUGCCAGUUUGUUCAAUUCAAAACAGAUGAAAUCCAGAAAGAACCUUAAGAAUUUAACCAUUUCAGGUCCAUUAACUUUAGAACAACCAGGAAAUGUUAGAAUCAUAACAUCGUCAAAUCCUGCAUCUCCUGUUAUUCCUUCAAGUAUAGAUAAUAAUGACCAUGUUGUCAUAUUAGUUUGUAAAUAUGACUUCAAUGCUGAAAGUGAAAAUGAAUUGUCAGUUAAACACAAUCAAUAUUUGAAACUAGUACAAAAAUUGGGUAAUGGUUGGAUAUUAGUUUGUGAUUUAGAAGAUAAAUCAAUUCAAGGUUUAGUUCCUGCAUCAUACUUGGAUAUUGCCAUUAAUGAUCCUUUGAAUCCUAUUACUUUGAGUUGGUUGCGUGAAAUCACGAAUGCUGCUCAUCAAAAGACAGCCAUUGAAUCAAUCGAAGAUGUUGUUAUUGAUCAAGUUUUCCAAAAUUUAAAGGAUAAAAACUUCUGGUACAAAUUACAAUUUAAAGUUGAUCAUCAAUUUAUUUAUGUUGGUAAAACAUAUCAUGAUUUGUAUGAAUUGCAUUGCAAAUUGGUACCUAAAUUUCUUAGUCAACUUCCAAAACUACCUCCCCCAGUGUUAAGAACUAGCUACUACCAUUCACAAUCAUCCAAGUUUGACAGAAAGUUGAUUGAAAAAUUGUAUACUUUAGCUCAAGAAUUACAAGAGUACAUGAAGAAGUUGUUGGAAAUUCCAGAAAUUCUUAUUGAGUCAACUGAUUUAUAUGAAUUUGUUCAUAAUUGUCCUCAAGUUAUCAAAACUCAAAGUACAGUAUCAAAUGAAGAGUUAAUCAAUCAACUUUAUCCUUCAUCAAUUGUCAUUGAAGACUAUAGAACUCAGAAUUCAAUGAAAUUUUCGACAACUGAACCAUUGCCACCUCCAAGUCCAGCAUUAUCUUUAUCAAUGGAAAAAAAUAGUAGAAUUUUCAGAUUACCAGAUCAAUAUGUUAAAUAUUCCACUUAUAUCAACCAACAAAAUGCUACAAGAAACUAUGUUCAUUCCCAUGGUGAAUCUGGUAGUUCAAAUCAUAGCUCAUUGACAAAUGGAUCUGAAGAUCAAAAUGCUGCAACUCCUCGUUGUCCUGCUACAACAGACGAUGAAGAUAAAGAAGUUCUUAGCCACACUAAUAAUACAAGUAGAAGUAGUUGUAACAGCAGCUUAUCCAAUUCUGCAGAAUAUAGUACUGAUACUGCUGGUACAUCAUUUGAUGAAAAUCCCAAACAAGAUGAUGAAUCUGAACUCCCCAUGCCAGAAGAAAUAUCUCUAUCACAUCCACAACCACCACGUCCAUCAAUUGCUUCCACUUAUUCAAUACACCAAUCCCAAGUUAGAAUUAGCUCACCAAGAUCCAAUUCAUUUCAAAGUGAAUCUAGUGAGAGUAUAUUUGACAGGCAUAUGAGUACCACAUCACUGACAACGUCUGUUACCACACCAACAACUAUACAAUCAGAGACAUUUGAAAAAGCAUUGAAUAACGUCAUUAGUGAAUUGGAUGAAUUUGAGUUUUCAUCAGAAGCGCAAAUAUCACCAUUGAAAAUCAGACCAAGAAGAAAAUCUUCAGUUUGUUCACCAUUAAAAAAUUGUCAAGAAUACAUUAAAAUUAAAGUUUUUCUUAACAACAAGAGCCAAGAUAUAAUUGCAUUAAAGAUUAAGAGAUCUAAUUUGAUAUCAUUGGAAUAUUUGAAAAAGUUGAUUAGCUUCAAAAUGUACAAUGAUUAUAGUUUAUACAAACACUUUAAUUUGCUGGUUCAUGAUAGCAAAGAAACUUUGAAUGACGAUGAAUUGUUACAACACAUCAAAGAGAAUUUAAAAGUCAAGUUGAGCUUGUCAAGAACAAGAUGUUAA